CCCAGCUGUUAAAUCGGCCACAGACCACACAUCACAGAAACGCUCUUUUGCCUCCCCUCUCUAAUUUUAGUCACCGCCUCCUCCUUUUGCCAAUUUUAAACACAAUCCAAGUAUUCUAUACUAUUCUUUUAAGUUAUUAACCCAACCCAACUUAACCCAUAAUUUAAUUCAAUAACAAACAAACCAACCCAUCAGAUUUUAUAAGAUAACCAGGAGGAAAGGAAGAAGAACAAACGUAUUUAUAUCAGAGGGAGAGAGAGAAACGCAGGAAAAGAAGAGGGAAAGAAAGAAAGAAAGGGUCUUUUUUAGAGAAGGAGAGAUGGGAAGAGGGGGACAGAGAGAGGCAGAAGAGGAGGGAGUGAUGGCUACUGACUUUUUUUGGUCUUAUACAGAUGAGCCUCACGCUUCUAGGCGCCGUCAGAUCCUCUCUCAGUACCCUCAGGUAAAGGAGCUCUUUGGUCCUGAUCCCUGGGCUUUCCUCAAGAUUACAGUGGUUGUCUUGCUUCAGCUCUGGACUGCUACAGCCCUCCACAAUGCAGGCUGGCUGAAGAUGCUGGCAAUAGCCUACUGCUUUGGCUCUUUCCUCAACCACAACCUCUUCUUGGCCAUCCAUGAGCUCAGUCACAAUCUCGCCUUCUCAACUCCAGUCUACAACCGUUGGCUUGGUAUUUUUGCUAACCUCCCAAUCGGUGUUCCCAUGUCUGUCACCUUCCAAAAAUAUCACCUUGAGCACCACCGUUUUCAAGGAGUAGACGGAAUUGAUAUGGACAUCCCGAGCAAGGUUGAAGCCCAUUUGGUGACAAAUGUGGUAAAAAAAGCCAUAUGGGUUCUCCUUCAGCUCUUCUUCUAUGCUCUUCGGCCUGUGUUUCUCAAACCAAAGCCCCCUGGUUAUUGGGAGUUCCUCAACCUUUUCAUUCAGAUAGCCCUUGAUGUUUCCAUGGUCUAUUUUUGUGGGUGGAAAUCUUUUGCUUAUUUGAUCCUCUCUACAUUUGUUGGGGGUGGGAUGCACCCAAUGGCUGGUCACUUCAUUUCAGAGCAUUAUGUCUUCAACCCUGAUCAAGAGACAUAUUCUUACUAUGGCCCUCUUAAUCUCCUGACUUGGAGCGUGGGGUACCACAAUGAGCACCAUGAUUUCCCCAGAAUUCCUGGGAGCAAGCUCCAUAAGGUGAAGGGCAUUGCACCAGAAUACUAUGAGGGUUUGGAGUCGUAUAAAUCUUGGAGCCAAGUCAUCUACAUGUACAUAAUGGAUCGAACAGUUGGGCCAUUCAGUCGAAUGAAGAGAAAGCCAUCAAAAUCUGAAUAGACGCUCUCUUCUCCAAAAUUUCUUCCGUUUUGUAUUCUUUCCGGGUUCUUUAUGGGUUACUGGUUUUUCCUUUCUUAUUUGCUUUUGUUUGUAACAUUUUUCCUUGGAUUACAUUGUUUGUAACAUUUGAGGAGUGAGAUCUUACAUUGUAUUGUAGUAUAGACUUUAGACUGAGCAACAGGAAGUUAUUUACUCAUUUAUUAGCAAUUGGGAAAGAACAUUUGUUUAA